AUGCUGGUUCUCUUGAUUGGCGAUUUCCAUAUCCCGCACAGAGAACAUAAUCUUUCCGCAAAAUUUCGGAAACUCCUGGUUCCGAAUAAAAUGCAACAUGUCCUAUGUACUGGGAAUCUAUGCAAUCGGGAGAGCGUCGACUAUCUGAGAUCGCUUUCGUCAGACGUCCAUGUUGUCCGUGGUGAUUUUGAUGACGAAUCGUUGAAAUAUCCGGAUACAAAAGUUGUCACUGUUGGACAAUUCCGGCUAGGUCUAAUACAUGGUCAUCAGAUAAUUCCUUGGGGAGAUGAGGCGAUGUUAGAGCAGCUUGCCCGGCAAUUGGAUGUAGACGUUCUCGUCAGUGGACAUUCUCACGAAUGUAGCGUUCGAGAAAGUGGUGGACGCUUCUAUGUAAACCCUGGAAGUGCAACAGGAGCAUUUUCAGUUACACAUGAUGGUCCCAUUAUAGCGUCAUUCGCAUUGCUGGAUGUGCAAGCAGACUGUGUUGUUACUUAUAUGUAUCGACUUAUCGAUGAACAAGUAAAAGUCGACCGAGCUAUAUUCAAAAAACCUCAUGAUUAA